AUGCCGCUGGUGAUAGCGUUUACGUGGGAAACCCUAGAAUCGAAGAUUCGAUUCGUGGUGGAGGAUAUGGGGCGGGGGCUUGCUGACGUGGCGAUGUGGCCGGCGCUGCUGACGCGGAGCGUGGAGAAGAGGCUCCGUCCUCGUUAUAAGCUGCUGCUGGAAGCGGGUAAGGCGGAGAAGUACGGGCUUGGGUACAUGUUUGGAUGCAAGGAUGUGGAUUUUGAAAAGAGAUUUGGACUGAAGCUUCCAAAGAACCGAGGGGAGGAAGAAGAGGAGGGGAGCAAGGAGGGGGGAGUGGAGAAAACGGAUGGGGAGGAGGGAAAGAAGGGAAAGGUGGAGGGAGAGGAGGAGGAGGAAUUACUAGUGGUGAAAGCAGUGGGGGAGGAGGGAGAGGAGGGAGAGGGACUGUUGGUGGUUAAAGCAAUAGUGGAAGAGGGAGAGGAGGAGGUGGUGGUGGUGGUGAAAGGAAUUGGGGCAGGUGUGGAGGAGGAGGAUGAGGAAGGGAACGAAGGGAAGAAGUUGGAGGAUAGGGAGGACGGGAAGGAGAAGCAGGGGAAGGGGGUAAGGCAAGAGGAGCAAGAGGAAGUGCGGUAUGAGACGAAGAAUGCCCACCAGCACCCUCACAGAUAA